AUGAGGAUAGAUACGGAGACGGGGAGGCUCAAGGCGGAGAUGGAGCGGAGAGGCAGAGACAGCGCGGACGAAGAUGGAUGCGGAGAGCUUGGUACAGAAGGGCGAAACUCCGGAGCCCGGACGACGCGGUGGGAGGCCGAGGGCUGUGGUUCCGUGAUCGGGUCGGUGCAGAAAGGAGAGGCUUCAGCGCCCAGGAAACGUGGUGGGAGGUGGACGGAUGAGUGUAAAGGGAUCAGGGUGGCGAGUUGGGUGGGCAACGAAGUUGAGAAUUCGGCGCAGGGGCAGGAGGGGGAAAAGCGGAAGACUUGGAUUUUUACUGACUUGCUAGAGGUGGAGAGUGGGUGGAAGAAACUGGAGAUGGAAACGGAUCAACGGGACAAGGGACUUCAGGGGUCUGUGCAGACGGUGCAGGAGAUUGUGAAGCGGAGGGACGGUGCGGGUGAGGUGUUGACAAAUUCUACAUACUCUUAG